GAUGAACUAAGCCAAUAGAUUUGUGGCUUAUAUGUCCUAAAAUACCUUCUUAAAUAUUAAAAAAAAAAACUAAACAUGGCUGACAUAGUAAACGAGAAAGUGAGAGAUUCUUUAAAUAAUAAUGGCGAAUCAGCUAGCUCCAUGGACCCCAUAGACGUGGAGAAAGCAAUUGAUGAUGCCGCUGCAAAUGUUGCUAACGCGACAAAUGCAAAUGAAUUGAAAAAGUCGCCUGAACCCAGUGUCUCUUGUGAAGAGUUGGAUGAGCUAUCAUCGCUGGAACGAGAAAUAGCUAAAAUGCAUCAUGCUGAGGAGUUUGAAGUUGUACCUUGUCUAUCCACAACUAAGAAAGAAAGUAAGGAUGAAAUUAAAGAAGAAGCAUCUAAUGGUGACAAUGUCGUGUCACAGGAAAGGCAAAUCGAAACAGCUAAAGAUGAUACUAAAACAGUGGAGUCUUUGAAAAAACCUAAAUCGGAGCAUUUGGAAAAUUCAAUAAAUGUUUUAACAUCGAAUGUGACAACUUUGGAGCAUGACGAUUUAAUUGCAGUUUUGAAAGGUUUAGAUUCGACUGCAGACGGCCCAGAUAGUAAACUAGUUGAUAAUAUUAAAACUGAACAAACAGAUGCUGAGGGAGACGCUAUGGGUGGCGUCACCAUAGAGGGGGAAGGCGAAUAUCAAAUCAUCGAAGUGAUAGACGAAGAUUCAAAUGCUGUAGAAGAAGACGUGGGAAUUGUCGGGCAGCCAGAAACAUCUCCCGCUCCGAGACCCCCGAAUAUUACAAAAAAAUUACCCCAGACCGCCGUGCUUACUUCUGAAACUGAAAGGGCGUUGGCUUUGGAACAAAUUGCCCUUUUAAAGGCUGACCGAUCGCGCCGUCGUAAACAAGAUAUAAAACCAAUUCAGCAACAACCAGAAAUAAAUGUAGAUUUAGUCUCCGCUUUGGGAGCUGAAUGGAGUGAUGAAGACUUAAACGAUAGUCAUGCUGUUACGUCUGGAACUAAUCAAAUGAAAAUAAUGGAAGAAAAGAAGUCUAUGCCGCAAAUUACCAGUGUAGUGGUAAUAUCACCUCCCAUACAAACAAAUGCGUUACCAACCAGUACCACCGUUCCCAAUACAUCAAAUUCGCUUGAUUCCGAAGUUAAAACGUCAACUGAGGAAGCAGCGAAAGGGGAAAAGGCAACAGAACAAGGUGUAACAUCGGGAACGGCGCAAACAGGUUUUCGUCGUACUCGUAUAAUAAAACGUAAAAUAAUAUGGGAUCCAGAUGCACCAGAAACCACAUUCUCAUACGCUAAGCUAGUAAAAUCUAAUCCUACAAAGUCAAAAGUGGAACCAAACACAAAAAACUCGACCAUUAUGACAAAAGGUUCUACAACAAUAACAGCUAUUAAAAAAGAACCAACAACAGCACGUAAAAUAAGACCUGCUACACCAAAGGAUAAGAAAGUAGCUGCAGAACAAAAUCAAGAGAAGAAGUCAGCAACUGCAACAACGCGAACAAGCAGCAAAACAGUCACCGAAAAUUCCACGGCGAGUGCAGCCAAAACAUCAAAAACUACUGACAACCCUAACGCGGUUAAAUCACCAACAAUAACUGCAAUCAAGCGGCGAUCCCAAACUCCAAUUGCUAAUGGUUCAAGUGGCGCGCCUAUCAGAAAGAAAAAAGUUACGGAAAUAGAUCGUCUGAUGGGCGACGAAGGAGCUGUCAAUAUGUUAAAUUCCUUGGAGACUGCCAUGGGUAAUACAGAAGAAAAAUCCACUCGGCCUGUGAUGCGCAGUCGUGCAACCAUGAUCAAUGAGAAGACGCCACGCGUAUUUAAAACGAAUGAUAAUACGACCACAGCUGUCUCUCCCUCGACAUCAGCAGCAAACUCAAGUCAAAUUACAGUUAAGACUAGACGCACUCCUAGACCAAGAGCUUCGGCCACUUGGGACUAUGUAUAUCAAAAACAGAAGGUUAUGGAUGAUUCGAUGAUUAUACGUAGACGUUCGAAUAGUUCAUAUUCUAGUAAUACUUCAAUCCAUCGUUUAAGCAUAGAUGGUCCACAGUCAGGGACACCAACAUCUUCUUCUUUAACAAAUAUAACUGCAAUAUCAUCUAAAGCUAAGGCUAAUGUUACCACGAAUACCACAAAGAAAUUAACAACAAAACCAACGCUAGCAGGAGAGACGUCUGGCGAUUCGUCCAUGAACAAAAGUGGCGUUAGCUCAAAAAGCAGCGUGAGCACAAUUAGUGGUAAAACAUUCGAAUUUGCAAAACCUGAGAAUAAAGUACAAUCGAAGAUUGGUAGACGCAUUAAAAGCCCUGGAACCACUCUCACUAAUGAUCUAAAGAAAACAACGAUUGUCCCAAGCAAACGCAAUGUUCGCAGUCCAGCUACGACGACGGAUGAUAAGGAUAAAUCAACAAAAUCUAAUUUAAUGAGUGGCAACAAAGACGGUAAAGAUAAUACUCUUAGUGCGUCAGUGGCAACGUCAGGUUCAACCUCAGAUGUAGUGGUUAAGAAAGCAGCAAAAGUGGCUCAGAUCAUAUUUAACACGAGUAAAGCAAAAUUGAAAUAUACCUUCACGGCACAAAUGAUGAACAAACUAGUAGAUAUUUUAGACAAACUAAGAUCAGAUACGGAAUGCCAUGCUGUGGUUAUGUCUACUACUAGCCCACAUUUUUGUCAAGGUAUUGAUAUAACUGAUCUAACUGUUGGCUCCGUGGAGAAACGCAAAUCUGCAGCUUUUUUCAUGGCCGCGGCAGUCAAAAAUUAUUUGAAGGCUUUGGCGACAUACCCAAAACCGUUAAUAGCCGCUGUUAACGGCAAUAAUAUUAACUUGGGUGUAAUGCAAUUGGCGCUAUUUGAUAUAGUUGUCGCUGGCGAAAAAUGCACAUUCGAAACGCCUUACGUUAAAAUUGGUCAAGUACCCGAGGGAUAUUGUAUUUGGAAUAAUAUUACAAAAAUACGUGGUUCUUGCAAAACUAAAUUGUUUUGGCUGGGAGAAAAAUUGCAAACAGCUGAUGCUGCCUUAUCGGGUCUAUUAAAUAAGUUAACUGCCCCGACAAAAGUGAAUGAAGAAGCUGUAAAUACCGCUCGUAAAAUUGCCUCCAUGUCGGCUCAGACAUAUCGCGUUAUGAAAAAAACUAUUGUUCAUAGUCAUUUAGAUACAAUUGCCACAGCAUUGGAUGACGAAUUCGAGACUAUCAUUUCUCAAUGGAUUUCAAACAGUUACAUGGAGCAUAUGAGAAAAUAUUUAGAGACAGGAGAAUUUUGAAUUGAAAUUAUUUUUAAUAUUUCUUUAACUUUUCUGGAUUAUUUCGCCUUACACGUCAGGGGUAUGGCCCAUUACGUUCU